UUAUUUAUCUUCCUCUAUUUUCGUCCUUUUUAGUUUAUUAUAUUUGCAUUUAUAUGAUUUCAUUGUGCCCUGUUUAACAUUUAUGAAAAAUGGGAAAUUGUUACAUUUUUGAUUUCACAACUGCUUCUUAAUUAAUAAAACUAUCCUACAUUAAGUCACAAAUCAGCCUUAUUCUUGUAAAAAAAACCUGUUAUGAAGCAGGAACUGACUUAAGGGCGGUGAACAUGCCCUCAAGACAUAGAUUGAAAGUAAUUCAGCAGCAGGGGGAAAAAACUUAAAGAAAAACACGCGGACCGUACUGCUUUAAACUGGUUAAUGACAUACGUUGACUAAAAGUUAAAGUUGUAAGGCGUCAUCUUUUAAAAACAGCUAAAGUUACUUCCGUUGAGAUGGACGUGGAGACAUAUUUGUCGCGCGUUGGGUUUGCCGGUCCAGCUGAGCCCAGCCUGGACGUGCUGCGGUCACUGCACACCUGUCACCUGCUGUCGGUGCCGUUUGAAAACCUCACGGUGCACAGCGGCGGACGAGUUCAACUCGACCCUCCUCUUCUGUACGACAAGAUAGUGAACCAGCGCCGAGGUGGUAUCUGCUUUGAGAAUAACGGCCUCUUCUCAUGGCUGCUCGACAAACUGGGCUUCCAGGUAACACUGCUCUCUGGUCAGGUGAAGAGUUUGAUCACGGGUUACUACGGGCCACCUUUUGACCAUUUGAUCCUCAUGGUGAGCUUUGAUGGGCAGCGCUGGCUGUGCGACGUCGGGUUCGGUGUCCAGGGCUUCAGCGGCCCCCUUUCACUGGAGACCAGUGCCCCUCAGCAGCAGGCCCACCGAGUGUACCGCAUCAGAAAGGACAUGGGGAUGUGCUUUCUGGAGUGGCAGAGGGAGGAGAACAGAGGGGCAGAUGGAGACUGGGCAGAGAUCUACAAGUUCACCCUAGAACCUCGGUGCAUGGAUGACUUUGCCGAGAUGUGCCAGUACCACCAGAGCUCCCCCUCCUCCCUCGUCUUCUGCAAGUCCCUCUGCACGAUUUUAAAACCAGGUGGACGGCUCACCUACACAGGCCGCAGACUGAUCAGCACUACAUUUCCAACAGAGGGAACAGGGAGAGUGCUGGAAACCACAACCAGGAAACUUAGAGAUGAGGAGAUCCCGGGUAUUCUAGCAGAGAAAUUUGGAGUUAUACUAUAUUCUCCACUCGUACCAAAGGAUGAGGCAGUCACACCACCACCAGUCAUGUACUGAUCAUGCUUCCACAUGGGAUAUCUUUACACCUCCACAAGCAAAAUUAUGUGAAAAAUCUUCUCAUUGAGAUAACUACAU